AUGUCGACGAGACCGAUGAUAUCGAUGAUCACGAUGAUGCGAGAACAGAUCGGAAGGACCGCGCCGCGUUUAUAUUUUACGAAUUUGAGACGCGACAAGACGAAAUGCUCGAAGGUGCGCGAAUUUGUAUUUCGCGAUGAUCUGGUAAAACAAUUCGUUGAUUUUGCAACGAGAACGACAAAGCGUUUCUCGUGCUUCAUCUGUAUCGCGCACAAUGCGGGGAUGUUCGAUUUGCAGUUCAUCCUACGCUACCUGGUCGAGAGCGGUAGGACGGACGAACCGAAAUUAAUAUUAAAAGGUAGAAAAAUUGUAUUACUAUCCAUGGGAUGGACAAAAUUUCUCGAUAGCGUUAAUUACAUAUUUAUGAGCCUGUCGGUGUUACUGAAAGCUUUCAGGCUGAAGGAUUCCGUCACCAAAGGUAUAUUUCCGCAUUUAUUCAAUACAAUUAAAAAUCAAAAUUAUGCCGGGCCGCUACCGGAUAUUGAUUAUUAUUCUCCGCAUACAAUGAGGUCGGACGAACGCGAACAAUUUUUAACGUGGCACGCGGAAAUGACGGGCAAAAACGCGGUGUUUAAUUUUCAACAGGAGAUAGUGCGCUAUUUCCGGAACAAUGUAAAUAUUCUUCGACGAGCGUGUCUGGCCUGUCGAAAAAUUUUCCUAGACGGUGGAAACGUAUGCUCGUUCGAAGAAUGUACAAUUAUCGCUUCCACGUGUAUGAAAGUUUUUCGCAAAAACUUUUUGCGCGAGAAAAAGAUUGGGAUAAUCCCGCUCGGCGGUUAUAAGCGCGUCAACGCGCAAUCGCGCAAAGCGUUACAAUGGUUAUUGCUAAUGGAGCGUGAACUCGAACGCUCGAUAAUUCACGCGGAGAGAGACCGGGAACAGCGUUUAUCGGAAGGUCCGCUCGUCGAUGGAUAUUAUGAGACGGAGAAUCCCCGGCAGCGUCACGUGCUGCAGUUGCACGGUUGUUUUUGGCACGGAUGUCCCGAGUGUUUCCACGUGAACCGCGACAGACCGCUCUCAACCGCGUCGCGCGAGAUUACGAUCGAAGCGCGUUACGAGCGCACACUCGCGACGAUGUGUCUUCUUAGAAAACGCAGAUACGUCGUUCCGGAAAUGUGGGAGUGUAUCUUCGAUCAGAAGCUGCGCGAAAAUCAAAAUAUCGUCACAUGGCAUGAAGUUACGGAUACGGAAAAGAUACAUUACGUGGACGUGUGUUCUUUGUACCCGUAUGUGCUGAAGACGGAUGCUUUUCCGCUCGAUCAUCCGGACAUUUACAUAGGGGAGGAGUGUUCCGCCUUGAUCGGAGCAAGCCCCGAUUUUAACUUUGACACCGUAGAAGGCCUCGUACGUUGCAGAGUGCUCGUGCCGCAUGAUCUCUUCCAUCCGGUACUCCCUUAUCGCGUAAACGGAAAAUUGUUAUUCGCGCUUUGUCGCAGCUGCUGCGAGACAUUUUCUCAGACCGCGUGUACGCAUGACGACUCUGCCGAUCGCGAAUUUGAAGGCGCAUGGGUGUCUUGCGAGUUACGCAAAGCUAUUGAGAAAGGUUAUCGCGUCACGAGCGUGAGCGAGAUAUGGAACUACGAAAUCACGCAAUACGAUCCUGUUACGUGGCGGGGAGGAUUAUUCGCCAAGUAUAUCAACUGCUUUCUGCAGUUGAAGCAAGAGGCCAGCGGAUGGCUAAACGAAUGCGCGGAUGACGAAGACAUCGAGGAACGCACCGAUGAUCCCGACGAGUACGAGCUGCGUACGGGAAAUUUUUUGGGCGAUAUGACGAAUCAACUCGAGAGUUACGGCCCCAGUAACUACAUCGAGACCUCCAUUAAGUCAUUGUUACUAGCCGACGAAAAGUUAAAGAGGGGAGAAGAGACGAACGAGGAUAAAACCGUGAUAAAACUGCGAUUUAAUGCGAUUCGGCGUACCGUAUUUCACGACAUCGUCACAAGAGAUGAGACAAAGUCUUGCAUGCCUGUAUUACUAAAACGUAGUUUUAACGACAACGAAUACUCCGUACCGUACGGUUACGUCUCCAGCGAAUAA